AUGAGUGAGAGGCGAGUAGUAGUGGACUUGCCCACCAGUGCCAGCUCCAGCAUGCCCCUCCAGAGGCGCAGGGCAUCCUUCAGGGGACUGCGGUCAUCAUCCUCCCUGGAUAGCCCCCCAGCCUCCAGGACCAAUGCCAUGAGUGGCCUUGUCCGAGCACCUGGGGUCUAUGUAGGAACAGCGCCCAGUGGGUGCAUAGGUGGCCUGGGUGCCCGUGUGACCCGCCGGGCCCUCGGCAUCAGCAGUGUCUUCCUUCAGGGCCUGCGGAGCUCAGGCCUGGCCACAAUGCCGGCUCCAGGUUUGGAGCGGGACCAUGGUGCUGUUGAGGACCUGGGAGGCUGCCUGGUGGAAUAUAUGGCCAAAGUGCAUGCCCUUGAGCAAGUCAGUCAGGAACUGGAAACACAGCUUCGGAUGCACCUGGAGAGCAAGGCCACGCGCUCGGGAAACUGGGGUGCCCUUCGGGCCUCCUGGGCCAGCAGCUGCCAGCAGGUGGGCGAGGCAGUCUUGGAAAAUGCCCGGCUCAUGCUGCAGACAGAAACUAUCCAGGCGGGAGCAGAUGACUUUAAAGAGAGAUAUGAAAAUGAGCUGCCAUUUCGAAAGGCGGCAGAAGACGAAAUUAACUCUCUGUAUAAAGUCAUUGAUGAAGCUAAUUUGACAAAAAUGGAUCUGGAGAGUCAAAUAGAAAGUCUGAAAGAAGAACUUGACUCUCUGUCAAGAAACUACGAAGAGGAUGUGAAGGUGCUGCACAAACAAUUGGCAGGGUGUGAGCUGGAACAAGUGGAUGUUCCCAUUGGCACUGGUCUGGACGACAUCCUUGAGACGAUCAGAAUUCAGUGGGAGAGAGAUGUUGAAAAGAACCGGGUGGAGGCAGGAGCCCUGCUCCAAGCUAAGCAACAGGCGGAGGUGACCCACGUGUCCCAGACCCAGGAGGAGAAGCUGGCAGCUGCCCUCAGGGUGGAGUUACACAACACUUCGUGCCAAGUCCAGAGCCUCCAGGCUGAGACAGAAUCCUUACGCGCCCUGAAACGAGGCCUGGAGAACACCUUGCACGAUGCCAAGCACUGGCAUGACAUGGAGCUGCAGAAUCUGGGCGCUGUGGUCGGCCGGCUGGAGGCGGAGCUCAGCGAGGUCCGCGCUGAAGCUGAGCAGCAGCAGCAGGAGCGCGCGCAUCUCCUGGCCCGCAAGUGCCAGCUGCAGAAGGAUGUGGCAUCCUACCACGCCCUGCUGGACCGGGAGGAGAGCGGGUAA